CCAGAUUGUUAGAUUCGUUAAAUUCCGUCACUAUGCCCAGCGAGGAAGAGCAGAGGCUGGCGUCCAACAAGCGCCCGCAUUCCGCCGUGGAUGGGAGUGGAGAGAAUGGAGACGACUCAUCCUCCGACGAUGACUUCGGUCCUGCCCUCCCUACCGUCGAUGCGCCGAAAAAGAAACGUCGUAAGCUGCCCUUCGAGAAGGUCUACGUGAACGCGCUGCCGGCAUCGCCGCGGUACUCCAAAUCCCUCAUGCACAAGGAACAAUUGUCCUUCGUCACCGUGACCCCGCACACCGAUUUUCUCAUCACCUCAUCCAUUGAUGGCGUUGUCAAAUUCUGGAAGAAGAUGGCAGUCGGUAUCGAGUUCGUCAAGGAAUUCCGAGCCCACGCGGCGGAGAUAAAGAGCGUCAGUGUAAGCGCGGAUGGAAGAAGCUUUGCAACGACCGGAGCAGACAAGACCGUCAAGAUAUUUGAUGUCAUAACAUUCGAUCUCCUUGCCAUGCUUACCCUCGAGUUUACCCCCCGCUGCGUAUGCUGGGUCCAUCGCCGGGGCGCAUCGUUACCUCUUCUAGCCGUGACGGAUGAAGAAAGCAAUAUGAUCCAGGUGUAUGAUGGACGGGGUGAGAACUCGACUCCCUUGCAUACCGUGAAAUCGAUACAUCGUAGCCCCGUGGUCGCCAUUGCCUUCAACGACGCCUACGACUGUGUUAUUUCCGCCGACGAGUCCGGCAUGAUCGAGUACUGGCGAGCAGGCGAUGGCUCAUUCGAAAAGCCCGAUAACGUCUUUGAGCUUAAAUCCUCUACCAACCUCUUCGAAUUUCGGAAGUCUAAAUCCACCCCAGCGUCGCUAUCUAUCUCACCAUCUGGCCAACAAUUUGCCGCUGUAUCCUUCCCGGACCGCCAAGUCCGAGUCUUCGACUUUGCCACAGGAAAGCUUUACCGCAAGUACGACGAGUCCCUUACCACGAUCACUGAAAUGCAACAAGCUGGAACGGCCAUCUACCAGCUCGACGAACUAGAGUUCGGACGACGACUCGCAGUGGAGCGCGAACUUGAGAACCCCGUCACCAAACCCAAAAUAAAUGUCCUUUUCGAUGAAUCGGGCCACUUCAUUCUCUACGGAUCUCUCUACGGCGUCAAAUGUAUCAACACAUAUACUAACCGGGUGGUCCGCGUUUACGCCAAAGAGGAGCCGUUUCGGGCGCUCAACCUGGGAAUGUACCAAGGCCAGCCCCAAAAGAAGGGCGUGGUUACAGUCUCUAUGGCAGCCAGCUCCAACCCACUCCUCCAAGAAGCCGAAGAGCGCGAUCCGAUAUUGAUGAGCACGGGCUUCGCCAAAGUGCGCUUCUACCUCUUCACAAACGACACCGACAUCUCCAAAUCCACCCGCGACAUCCACAACGAAAAGCCCCGGGAGUCCGCCUCCGGACGCGACACCAACGUCCAGAAAUCCGCCGAGCUGGGCACCUCCGCCAUCCUCCAUACCACCAUGGGAGACAUCCACCUCCGUCUAUUCCCCUCCGCAGCCCCGAAAGCCGUGGAGAACUUCACCACCCACGCCCGCACCGGGUACUACAACAAUACCAUCUUCCACCGCGUGAUCCGCAAAUUUAUGAUCCAGGGUGGCGAUCCCCUUGGCGACGGCACCGGCGGCGAAUCCAUCUGGGGCGGCGAGUUCGAGGACGAAUUCUCCAGUCUGAAGCAUGACAAAGCGUAUACACUGUCCAUGGCUAAUGCCGGCCCCAACACCAACGGAAGUCAGUUCUUCAUCACCACGGAGAAGACCCCCUGGUUGGAUGGGAAACACACCGUGUUCGGCCGUGCGAUACAGGGAUUGGAUGUCGUGCAUAAAAUUGAGAAUUCGAAAACUUUCAAGGAGAAACCAGAGCAAGACAUUAAGAUCGUGAGCAUCACCGUGAGUUGAGUUAGUUACCAUACUAGCCGUUAUGGCUAGGCGAGGGCUAGGCUAUGCCAUCAUCCUGGAUAAGAUAUAACUUGCUUCUUACCGCUUUGUUUCUGAAUACUGUUUUAAGCGAUCAAUACCUACCUUAUACUCUACAGCCCCUGUCGUUUCAUCAGUCUGUUUACCUAUAUCACCUAUUUAUCUAACCAUGUAAAUUACGAAGAUUUCUC